CUUAGCUGAAAUAUAAGCCCGCCAUUAAAAAAAGAAGAAGAAGAAGUGGCAUGUGUAGUCUCUUCUUAUGUUGCAUAUCUACUAUAUAUCUAAUGAUUUGCUGCCAAAUUAAUGUCAAACCCUCUGAAAUUUAACUUCUCCAACACCCUUUGGCCGACUGAUAUACCAAGAUUCCAAGUACAUAACCAGUAAUCCUCAUCGAUUUUUUUUUUCCAAUUGCUUCUAUUCAGCUAUAUAUACACAUACAUACCAUAUAGUUUCUCCCAAGAACAAGCCAAGAAACUUCAUUUAUAGAAAUGGAAAACUCAAUGAGCUGCAAACCAUUCUCUUCUUCUUCUAAUGAGAAGACGACUGAUGACAGUUUUGAAGAGAGUGGUUGGACUAUGUACUUCGAGGAUUUCUUUGCCCAAAACAAUAGAGAGGACCGUGAUCAUGAUUUCAAUGAGCAUAGUUCUUUCUCAUUUGAUCAUGAUGGAAGUUCUUCGAUGGUCUCUGAUGCUGCUUCUUUGGCUGUGAAGAAGUCUGCUGGUGAUCAUCACGGUGAAAAAGUUGUUGGGUUACCUAUUAAUAACAAAAGUUUCAAAUACAAUUCAAGUCUCAAGAAAAGAAGAACCAAAGGAGCUUUGCUUGAUGAUGUUUUGGAGGAUACUGCUAGUUCUCCUGUUAAUAGUCCUAAGGUAAAUGAUGAUACGAUGAUAAGCCAAUACAAAAGGAACACAAAACAGAAAGAUAAAAUGGAAAUUUCACAGGACAAAGGAAGUGCUUCCAGCCAGAUAGACAUGAGAAGUGAUUUGGGUUUCAUUUUGAGGGAAAGUGACAGCACGGAACUGAAGAAAAGGGGUCUUUGCUUGGUUCCUUUGUCUAUGGUAGUAAAUUAUCUUGGUUAAAUCCACAUUUCCUCAGCAGCUCUCUCUCUCUCUCUCUCCCCUCUAGCUGGAACCCUGUGGCCAUGGGAUUGAAUGAACGAAAAGUAUGUUUGGUUGCAUAUGAUGGGGUUAAGAUCCACCAUAUCUGUGUGGCAUUUAUAUAUAUAUAUAUAUAUAUAUAUAUAUAUAUAUAUAUAUAUAUAAUAGUAUUAAUUUCAUGCAAAAUUGCUUCUCAUCAUUCUUUUGUGCACUAAACACAAAGGGAUAUGCGAAAACGCAAUUUAAACCUAGAGAUAUAGAGGAGGAGGAAGCAAUUUUUUUUUUUUUUUGGAUUAGAGGUGAUGUGGAACAAAAGUUGACGGAAGUGCUGCAAUUUUUAGGUAAAGUUUCCCUCCUACAUGCCAUCAUGAUGGAGUAUUAAGCAAUUGGCAUAAACAAGGUUUUACAAUUAAUGAACAAUGCUUCUUUCUAUUCUCUUCGAAUUGUAUUGCUUAGCACAUCAUAGAGUUGUAUUAACGGGAAAUAAAUCAUGUAUUGCCUACUUAUUUUUCAGCUCAUUCAAAUAAUUUCACCAUAAUUUUGCGUCUGAAA